CGGAGCUUGAAUUCCAAACUGGGAUGAGUUUCCUCCCGAUACGUCACUCUGGGAUAGGCUGCGAGCUAUCGAGCAACGCUGUCAGUCAACGGGGUUUCGGGCUGAUUACCUAGGCGUCCUUUGGACGGGACCCCUAAAGCAGGAGAAAGUAGCCUUGCCCAUCGCGGGUUGAGGCUCUGGGAUUAAAGUGAUCGUCAGUCUCGCAGCUUUCGUCGAAACUGCCAGUGGAGAUUCAUGCUGUGUUGGUUAGCUAAAUGCGGUACGAAGCUAAAAUGAUGCCGAUGUUCCUGACAGUAUACCUCAGUAACAAUGACCAGCAUUUUACUGAGGUUCCCGUUACCCCUGAGACAAUGUGCCGGGACGUGGUGGAGCUGUGCAAGGAGCCGGGGGAGACAGACUGCCACCUGUCUGAGAUGUGGCGUGGAUCUGAGCGAGCUGUAGGUGACGGGGAGAGGAUGCUGGAUGUGCUCCAACGAUGGGGACAACACAGGGCAGAGGUGCGCUUCUUCCUGCGUCACAAUCGGGCCCUGAGCAGGGAGUCGGGUGGGUCCAGAGGCUCAGAGCCGAAGAGGAAUGGAGUGAAGGGUCCCCCAGACAGAAGAAUGGAGAAUGGGGUGGCGACACCACGAAUGGACAUGACGCUAGCCGAACUACAAGAGAUGGCCGCCAGACAGCAGCAACAGAUAGAAGCUCAACAACAGCUCCUUGCUUCCAAGGAACAGAGGCUGCGCUACUUGAAGCAGCAGGAGCAGCGUCAGCAGCAGCAGGCCUCUGAGCAGGAGAAGCUGCAGCGCCUCAGAGAGAACAUCGAGAACCAGGAAACUCGGCUCAAGAAGGUCCGGGCCCUCAAGGGCCAGGUGGAGCAGAAGCGCCUAAGCAAUGGCAAACUGGUGGAGGAGAUAGAGCAGAUGAACAACCUGUUCCAGCAGAAGCAGAGACAACUUGUUAUGGCUGCGUCCAAGGUGGAGGAGCUCAGCCGACAGCUGGAGUUGCUUAAAAAUGGCAAAAUGGACAACUUCCAUGACAACCAGAGCUCUGUGGCUGAACUUGACCGCCUCUACAAGGAGCUGCAGCUGAGGAACAAGCUCAACCAGGAUCAAAACUCUAAGCUGCAGCAGCAGAGAGAGGGCCUGAACAAGCGCAACCUGGAGGUGGCUGCCAUGGACAAACGGAUUAGUGAGCUCCGAGACCGGCUGUGGAAGAAGAAGGCAGCACUGCAGCAGAAAGAAAACUUGCCUCCUCAGAUUCCCUGGCAUUCAGAGGUCACCCAUGCCAACAAUGGCUAUCCUGGUAAAGAGAGGGCUUCAAAAGACACUCAUCUUCAGGUGCCCUCUGAUGGCCAAGCUGGACAGCAGUCAGGUCCGUCUCGGGUGGCGGCAGUUGGCCCAUACAUCCAGUCUUCCACCAUGCCCAGGGGCCCAGUGAGACACGACCUGCUUGUAAAACCAGCCUACCCAGACGGCACUGCCACCCUUCCAGCCCACGACCCGCAGAGCAAGGCCGGCACAGGCCUUCCACCAUCCAAGCUGGCAGACUGGGGCUCCUCGGGUCCAGAAUCCAACACAAAUGGUCAUGGUCCCUCUUCAACACUGCCACGAAUGAGCUCUCAUUCCAACUCUAACACAGAACAAGAUGAGACAGAACUGAAGAGGGACAGGAAGGUGCGUCCAUUUUCCAUGUUUGAGCCAACGGAGGUUCCCGCCACCUCCCUUCGCAAAAACCAGAGCAGUGAUGACCUGGUCAGGGACGCUCAGUCUGCUCCCAAAGCUCCGAUCAAGGUGCCUCCUCCUGUUCCCACUAAACCAAAAGGCCCUGGUGUUGUGCCCUACGGCAAACCAGGUCUCAACACAGGCACUUUCCCCAAAGCCAAGCCCCACAGCCAGCCGCCUCAGGCUGCCCAGGGCCGUAGCCCUCUUCCACCCUCACAGAGCCAGACACUCCCAUUACCUUCCAAGCAAGACACUCCACCUGCAGCCACAGUACGGCCGUUCACCCCAGAGCUGCCCUCUUCCAAAGAUGCCAGCCUGAGUAAACCCCAGACCUUAGCAGCCAGCUCCAUUUACUCCAUGUACACGCAGCAGGCCGGCUCAGGGAAGCCCUUCCACCAGGCUGCUGUUCAGGGCGCUCUCAACAGAUCUCAGACCCGCACCAAUGGAUUUGUCAGUGUGUAUGGUAAACCAGUGAUCCCCAGUGGAUCUGGUCUACAUCCAGACAACCCUUACAUGGACCGCCGCUCCCCUGCCCUAGAAUCUGAGGUUGACCACAAUGGAGCCAACAACAUGGGUCCCAGCCCGUCUGAGGGCCCCCAACCAGAAACGGAGCGCAUCCCCCGGCCUCUCAGCCCCACCAAGCUGCUUCCCUUCAUUUCCAACCCCUACAGGCAUCAGAGCGAUGGCGAUCUGGAAGCCCUGAGAAAGAAGCUCUACAAUGCCCCGAGGCCCCUGAAGAAACGCAGCUCCAUCACUGAACCAGAGGGUCCUGCAGGGCCCAACAUUCAGAAACUCCUCUACCAGAAGACCACACUGGCAGCUAUGGAGACUGUGACAACACCAACCACUCCCACCUACGCUGGUGAAGCAGAGAAGGUGGCGGAGGGCUCUUUGGGGCCACAUGUUCCCAGCUCUCUGAGUGGUGCAGAGAACUACCCAUCAGACGCAGGACAGUCUCUGGAGGGAGGUCAGCUCCCAUCUCACAUCCCAGGUGCUAAUGUCCCCGUUCCAACUCCUGCUGAACAGACCAAACCGCCUUCAGCCUCACAAGAGAGCGAGAACAUUAUCCCCCCUCCUCCCCCAUCCCAUCCAGCCCCCAAGCUAGACGAUGCUAUUUUCCCACCACCACCAAUUUCUGGCAUGGACGAUGUGAUGGCAAACCUGCCCCCUCCACCUCCAGAAGGCUUCCUGGAAGAGUUCCCCCCCUACCCGCCACCCCCAUACCCCAGUGGAGCAGAGCAGGACAGCCUGGGAGAGGACACCUUUAACAUGAAGGCACCUGAGGUCACUGGACAGGUUACUCUGCCACCGGGAAAGAGGACCAACUUGCGCAAGAUUGGCUCUGAACGCAUCGAUCACAGCAUGAGAGUGAAGUUCAACCCACUGGCUCUGCUGCUGGACUCUUCUCUGGAGGGAGAGUUUGACCUGGUCCAGAGAAUCAUCUAUGAAGUGGAGGAUCCCAGUCUGCCCAACGAUGAAGGCAUCACUGCUCUACACAAUGCUGUCUGUGCCGGACACACAGAGAUUGUCAAGUUUCUGGUUCAGUUUGGCGUCAAUGUCAAUGCUGCUGAUAGUGACGGCUGGACACCUCUACAUUGUGCUGCAUCCUGCAACAAUGUGCAAGUGUGCAAAUUUCUGGUGGAGUCUGGUGCGGCUGUGUUUGCUAUGACUUACAGCGACAUGCAAACGGCAGCUGAUAAAUGUGAAGAGAUGGAGGAGGGCUACACCCAGUGCUCUCAGUUCCUCUAUGGUGUGCAAGAGAAAAUGGGCAUCAUGAACAGAGGGGUGGUUUACGGUCUGUGGGACUACGGUGGCGAAAACCCAGAUGAACUGUCGUUCCGCGAGGGAGACUGCAUGACCAUCAUCCGCAGAGAAGACGAGGAUGAGAUCGAGUGGUGGUGGGCACGCAUGGGCGACACCGAGGGGUACAUUCCCCGAAACCUCCUAGGGCUCUACCCCAGAAUAAAGCCAAGACAGAGAACCCUGGCUUGAAACACAAAGAUCCCUGCACAUUCCAGUCUGCCAGACCUCUCCAAAACACACACAUACAGACACACACUCACACACACACACACACACACACACACACACACACACACACAGGCUUUAACAGACUGGGGAAGAGAAGGACACUGCUGAAAUGAAGAAACAAGGACAGACCAAACAAUAUGAAGGAUCAACUAUGAACUCUUUCUGGCACUUUUUUUUCUGUAUCAACAACAGAGGGAUUCUUCUCCCUCACCUAUUUUUCCAGGCCACACUGUGCACUGUGUACUUAAGACACUAUCGGCAUUGUUUUCCUUUACUCCGCUGUGUUUCUCGUUUUUUGUAAUUAGUGUCUCGAACUAUUUCUAAACUGACAGAAAUUCAAACGUUGGGAUGUAAAUGGAACAAGCAGUAUUUUUAUUGCUAGACAGUAAUUUUUUACACUUUUGAAUAGUCUUUUAAAAACUUGUUUUC